AGAUUUAUCCGGAACUUAUAUGCUAUGUUACGAUUGGUUCUAUCUUUUAUUUUUUGUGGACAUGUGCUAUCCUAGAUGACUGUGUUCAUUGCGUAUUAAACAUAUGAAGCAAAUAGACAUCGUUCUUAUUUAUGAACACAGUCUCAUCGGCACCGGAAGCAAACAAGUCUACUUUCACUUUCAAUAACAACAAUGCCAAAAAUCAAGUGUCCCAUCCCCGACUGUGAAUAUGAAACUGCAGACCUAGAAGCUGCCAUCGUGGCUUCCCUACUUACAGUUCACAGCACCAUCCACUCAUCUUUAAACGCACCUACCGCUAAAAUAGAGAAAGUUAAACGCCCUUCCAUAUCAGCAGCUGGUACUAGUGAGGAAUGGUCAUACUUCAUGUCAAGAUGGUCCGACUACGUCAGCGCCACUAAGAUUGAAGGCCGUGACAAAGUUGUUCAGCUCUUGGAAUGCUGUGACGAACCCCUCAGGAAAGACCUCACACGAUCUACUGGAGGCAGUCUCACAGAUAAAACUGAGGAAACUAUACUUUCAGCCAUCAAAAAACUUGCUGUACGCGAAGAAAACACGAUGGUGGCUAGGGUCACUCUCCAUAAAUGCGUCGAAAGACAGAUGAUGAACCAGUGUGUCAAUUUUAGUCAAUUCAGUGUAUAA